AAGCAGUUACUUCAGAGCAUCGACCUCCACGGUUAUUACGCGGCAAAUCUUAGUGUCGCCGCGUGUCUCGAGCCUCUGCGUCGUCGUCGUCACUGACACGCUUCCUCCAUUUUCUUAACCCCCAAGAUUAAUCCAACCCUAAAAAACCCCCGAAAUCUCUCGCUCUGUCUUUCGCCCAAACCAAACAUUGACAAAACUCAGAGACCAACCAAUCCAAAACCAUGUCUGCUUCAAAACCCAUUUAUCCUUCUUCUUCUUCGUCACCUUCGUCUCCGUACCUUUCAGCCGACAUGAAAGACCUCGCCGAGAACCUCUUCCCGGAAGACGACGCCGUUUCUAACCGAAAUACCCAAUCAUCCGAAGAACUCAUUGUCAAAAUCCCAGGGGCCAUCGUCCACCUCAUAGAGAAAGACUCAAGCAUCGAGCUUGCCACUGGAGAACUCACCAUAGUUAGUCUCCGCCAAAAUGGGAACAUAGUCGCUGUACUUGCCCGCGUAGGCGACCAGAUUCAAUGGCCUCUGGCCAGAGACGAAGCCGCCGUGAAGCUCGACCAGGCCCACUACUUCUUCACUCUUCGGGUCCCCGCAAAUGGGUCGCCGAAAAGAGACGAAAUUGAUGACCCGACCCAUCACGAAGGUCAGUUUGUUCUGCUGAAUUAUGGGUUAACUUUUGCUUCUUCGAAGGGGCAAGAGGGUUUGCUGAAGGAGCUCGAUCAGAUUUUGGGGAUUUACAGUUGUUUUUCGGAGGAGAGGGUGGAGGGGUUGGGGAAUUGGGAGGUUCUGGAUGGGUCAGUGGGGAGCGACACGUGUCAGGAGGAGAGGGCGGCGGCCUACUGGACUACGCUGGCUCCGAAUGUAGAGGAUUACAGCGGGAAGUGCGCGAGGUUUAUUGCGGCGGGUUCGGGUCAGGUGAUUAGGGGGAUUCUGUGGUGUGGGGAUGUGACUGUGGAUAGGUUGAAGUGGGGGAAUGAGUUCUUGAAGAUGAGAAUGGGGCCCAUUUCAGAAUCAGAGAUUAGUCCAGAGGCUUUGAAGAGGAUGCAAAGGGUUAAGAAGUUGACAAAGAUGUCAGAGGACGUGGCCUCUGGAAUCCUUUCUGGGGUUGUUAAAGUAUCUGGAUUCUUCACAAGUUCUAUAGUUAACUCUAAAGUUGGCCAGAAAUUUUUUAGCCUUCUGCCCGGAGAAAUCGUCCUUGCUUCCUUGGAUGGAUUCAACAAGGUCUGUGAUGCUGUUGAAGUGGCGGGAAGGAAUGUUAUGUCAACCACAUCAGUUGUCACCACUGGACUUGUUUCACAGAGGUAUGGAGAAUCAGCGGCAAAGGUAACGAAUGAAGGGCUUGAUGCUGCCGGGCAUGCUAUAGGGACGGCUUGGGCUGUGUUCAAGGUGAGAAAGGCUUUAAACCCAAAGAGUGUGCUCAAGCCUACAACCCUUGUUAAAGCUGCUGCUGAAUCAAAGUCCUCCAAGCUGAAGUCUCAAACUAAGUGAUGGAUACUUGGGGUGGUGGGUUGCUCCUUUAGCUGGCCUCUUUUGGUUGCUGUUUGCGAUUGCACUUAUCCGUUAUUUUGAAAAUUAAUGGAUUGUUCAAAUUUUAUUCUGUCCAUUUUGCCAUGAUCUGAAAACGAUGGGGUGUCUGCACCAAAAAUGUAAAUGUACUAAUAGGCAUGUGACCGAUUGUGACAAGAGGCCAUAUCUUAAUCUACAGUUAGAUUUUUAACCUUAUGGGUUCAUCGUC